GCCAGCUUAGAUUAAAUGGAUAAAUUCCUAGAAACAACAAGACCUACCAAGACUAAAUCAAGAAGAAAUAGAAAAUCUGAAUAGACCUAUAACUAGUAAGGACAUUGAAUCAGUACUCAACAAUCUCUUGACAAAGAAAAGCCCCAGACCUGAUGGCUUCACUGGUGAAUUCUAGCAAACAUUCAGUGGCGAAUUAGUAUGAACCCAUAUCAGACUUUUCUGAAAAAACUGAAGAGGAGGGAAUACUUUCUAACUCAUCCUAUAAGGCCAGCAUGUUCUUGAUACCAAAGCUAGACAGAGACACUACAAGCAAAGAAAACUACAGACUGAUAUCUCUUAUAAACAUUGACACAAAAAUCCUCAGCAGAUACUUGUAAACAGAGUUCAGUAGCACACUUAUAGAAUUAUACACCAUGACCAAGUAGAAUUUAUUCCUGAAAUGCAGUGUUUUCAUCAAACAAAAAAAAUUGAUCAAUGUUAUAUGUCACAUCAACAAAAUGAAGGAAAAAGAAAAAGCAUGUAGUCAUCUUAGUCGAUGCAGAAAAAUCAUUUUACACAAAACUUACCACUUUUUCAUAAUAAAAACACUCAACAAGCUAGAAUAGAAGGAAAGUACCUCCAUGUAAUAAAAGCCUUAUAUGAAAAACCCACAGUAAAUAUGAUACUCAGUAGUGAAAUACUGAAAGAGUUUCCUCUAAGAUCAGGAACAUGACAGUGAUGCCCAUUUCACCAACUCUAUUCAACAAACUACUGGGAGUUCUAGCUGGAGCAGUUAGGCAAGAAAAAGAAACAAAAGGCAUCCAUAUUGGAAAGGAAGAAGUAAUACUAUAACUGCAGAUGAUACGCUCUUAUACAUAGAAAACGCUAGAGAUCCCACAUACAAGAAAUAGCCCAAAUCAAAACAAAAAGAACUCAUAAAUUAAUUUGGUGAAGUAGCAGCUUACAAAGGCAGCACACAAAAAAUCUAUACAUGAACAAUCAACAAUCUGAAAUGAAAAUUAUGAUAUGGUUCCAUUUGUAAUAGCAUUGAAAAGAAUGAAGUACUUAGGAAUAAAUAUAACCAAGGAAGUGAAAGACACAUACAAUGACAUCUACAAGAUAUUUGUAAAAAAAAAAAAAAAAAAAAAAACACAUCAUGUGUUCAUGGAUUAGAAUACUUAAUAUUGGGGGGAGGUAGGUCCCAACAGCCCUUGGAGCUGCAACCGCCUUUCGCGCCCUUCUUGCUGACCCUAUGCUCCAGUUCUUGCUUGGAUUUACUCUUGACAACGUGGUGGGAAUGUAUCUGGCUCAAAACUAUGACAUACCAAACCUGGCUAAAAAACUUGAAGAAAUUACAAAAGACGUGGACGCUAAGAAGAAACACCCUAGUUGCUGAAGCCAACUCCAGCACUGCCUUCUAGAUAAACUGAGUCUACUGUUCUCCAGGGCCUCCUUUACCGUCUGAACCAAAAGCUUUUGUUUUACUCUCCAGCCUCAGCAGUUUUCUUUUUUGCUAGGCCUUGCAUUGCCUUACAGCACAAAAGGGACCAGAAGUUAAGAGCGACCCUUAUUUCUCCAACAUCCUCACUUCUUCCCUUCCUCCUUCCAGCCUCUUGGGAGGUCCUGAGAAUGGAAUCAUGGUGCUCAAUUAGUUAUCAUACCUUUAGUUAGUAGUCUCUCUGUUAUUCUUUGAGAUUUCUACUACCUUUUUCAAAAGAAAAAUGAAUGAGUUUUGUGUAGUUGAUGAGAUCUAAAUAAUGUGUGUUUCAGAGUCUGGUAAUUAUAAUGGGUUUUUAAACAUUUGGUACUAAAUUAUGUUGUUUCACAGUAGUAAUUAAAAUGAAAAUCUGGAA